CGUGGCCUGCCGGGGGCGGAGCGUCGCGGCUCCGCCGGAACCGGGGCGGGCGGGAGGCGGCGGUUCCCGGGGCGGUUCCGGUAGCGGUUCCGGUAGCGGCGAUGAGCUUCGCGUGGCCGUGGCAGUACAGCUUCCCGCCCUUCUUCACGCUGCAGCCCAACGGCGAGACGCGGCAGAAGCAGCUCGCGGCCUGGUGCGCGCUGGCGCUCGCCUACAGCCAGCAGCACCGGCUGCCCGCCAUGACGGUGCGGGAGGCGCAGGACAGCCCGCUCUUCGCCAACACCCGCCUGCAGCGGAAGCUGCCGCUGGAAUCCAUCCAGGUGGUGCUGGAGGAGCUGCGCAAGAACGGGAACCUGGAGUGGUUAGAUAAGAACAAAACCAGUUUUCUCAUCAUGUGGAGAAGACCAGAAGAAUGGGGAAAGCUCAUCUAUCAGUGGGUGUCCAAGAAUGGCUUGACCAACUCUGUGUUCACUCUGUACGAGUUAACCAGUGGAGAUGACACAGAGAACGAAGAGUUCCAUGGCUUGGAUGAGACUAUGCUGCUGCGUGCCCUGCAGGCCUUGCAGCAAGAGCACAAGGCUGAAAUUAUCACGCUGGAUGAUGGCAGAGGUGUCAAGUUCUUCUGACAGGAACCCUCUCCCCUCCACUCUUCCCUGGCUGCUGAAGGGGUUCUUGCUCCGUGAAGGUUUGCUCUCCUGGCCUAGUUUCAAGCUGUGACUGCAAGCAGCAGGAUUUCCUGGGGCAAGGAGAAUCCAUGAAGCCUUCCAAAGACUUGACUUCUUAGAAAUACUCAGAGAUCCUCUGUCUUUUCUCCCUGUCGGUUGUGUUUGAGAGGCUAAAGCUGCUCUAGGCAGUUCUGAGAGGGACCACCCAGAAGCAAAACAAUGGGACUGGUCCUGCUACUGCCCCUGGUUCUUGUGAAGGCCACAGAGCAGUGUCUUUAGCUGGCUGGUUGUGCUUGGCUAGCAACACAUUUGGGCUUGGUCGUCCCUGCCCUGUUGCUGAGCGGGGUGACAGCAAGCACAAGGAUCUUGCUGUGACUGCUGUGCUGUAGAAGACCUCAAUGUCAGAAUGAUCUGUGCUUGCAGCAAGGCAAGCUUGGGGGAUGGAUGCCAAGGAGCUAAUUAGGAGUAAUUAAAAUGAGAUGUAUUUAUA